AUGACCUACCUCCUCCCCUUCCUCCUCCCUUAUCUUCUUCAUAAUUUGCCAGCAACAAUAAACCAUACUAGAGUUUUCUCCGAUGUUAGCGACGACGCAAGUGAGGAGUCUAAAUUGGACAAUAGAGAGAAUGUGCAAGAGGCUCGAGUUGUGAUGACUUUUAACAACAUUGAUGAGAUAGUUGCCUAUUAUAGAGAAUAUGGAAAGCAAUUAGGGUUUCCUGUGAGGAAGAGAAUAUCACAAAAGAAGAUGUGGGAGAAUUGA